AGUACUCCCAGUGCAACUGCAAUCGAAGCCAUGGCCGCGCUCCAGGUUCUGCUCCCCCAGUCGCUGGACAAGGCCAGCAAAUAUGUUCGUAAGCUCAUGGAUAAACUGUCUAUGGCACCAAGUGGAGAGCAUCAGGCGGAGGGACGCGAGAACGCAGGCCCCGCGGUCCCGCAGCAGUUUUCCGAUAUUCCAGGAGACCUGCUGACGAGGGUAUUUAGUUUCCUGGACGUCAAUGACUUGAUACGGGCCCAGCUUGUGAGCAAGACUUGGCGACAGCACAUUCUGCAUCCAACGACGUGGACUGAACGGCUGUCGCAACAAGCGCUCGCUCAGCUGGAUGCGCUCUCUGCUCUGGGUGCGCCUGUUACAGCCCCCCAGCUGUACAUGGCCACACGAGGCCGCAACUUCCUGCGCAACCCGGCCUUCCGGCGGGAGGCAAACACACAGCUGCUGGAGCUGGGUCGCUCCAACUUGUGGGGCAACCGCUGGACACGCAAUGCUUGGGUUGAAAAUGAUGCCCUGAAGAACAAUGUGGCUUGGGAGCUCCGGGCGGAGGGCCUCGUCAGCGCUGGGGGUGCCGGCGAGGGUGCGCCCCCGCCACCCGUGCCUUACGCCGGUGGCGGCAUCCGAUUGGGCGAGCGCAUGCAGCAGGGCCUUGCAGGUCUACGGGCGGGGCUGUUGAGUGGCCUGGGGGCAGCCGCGGGGCUGGGCGUGGUAGGCCUGGGGCCGAGCAACACGAACAGCAGUGGCGGUGCCACCGCCGAGACUGACGUCGCGCAGGCGCUGCCGUCACACGCCGGGCCGGCUGAGGGCCGGGCGCAGCAGGGCCUGGCGCUGCAGGAGCAGGAUUCGGAGGAGGCAGGUGCUGGGUCGUCAUCACUGGCAUCUACCUCGACUGCCGCCGGAGCCGGGGCAGACGGUGAUGAGCAGUCGGUUGCAGCUUCGGCGGCCGCAGCGACGGAGGCGAUGGUGGCCCAGCGGGUGACGGAGCUGCGCGAGCCUCCCUCCUGCAUUGCGACCACGUCAGACUGGUGCGAGGUGAUGCAGGUGGUUGACCUGCAGUGGGAGCUGCAGCGGCGCGGGCUGAGUGCGGCGCAGGCGGCCCACCUGCUGGACGCGGGGCUGGGGCUGAGGCUGGCGGUGCACGUGGGGAGCAGGGCGAACAUGCUGGGCCAGUUCUGUGUGGGGCUGAUGCUGGACGAGGGGCCGGCACCCGGCAGCAGUGGCGAGAACGUUGCCGACCAGAUGCAGCACUUUGUGCCGCGUCCCAACCGCCACUCCUUCUUCUCCGGCCGUGUGCGCUGCAACGGAACAGACAGGUGGCACCGCUUCGAGUACAACGUGACGUGCCCGCGCGGCUUCCGGCGGGCGCUAGUGCUGCUGCGUGGCCGCCGGGCGCACGACCCCAACGCGCCGGCAUUGCCACCGCCCGUGUAUUGCGGAGCCAAGUUCGCGGCCGCUGAGCUGGUGUUCGAGUAGGGGGCCAUGCGGGCAGGGUGUAGACGUCUGUAUCAGGCGCUGGGUGCAGGUUCUGUACGCUGGUGCUUCGUACAGGAGGGGGAGAAUGAUUGUUGUGUAGCGCAGUGGUG